AUGGAAGACACCGGUCCACCGAGCUCAGCUGAUGCUUCAUCUUCAUCUUCCCAACCAGACGUCAAUAUACCGCCGUCCAUACUCGUUCUUGGUAUGGCUGGCUCCGGAAAAACAUCAUUUGUGCAGAGACUCACUGCCUACUUACACGCGAGAAAGACGCCACCGUAUGUGAUCAAUCUUGAUCCGGCAACUGCUAAUGUCCCUUAUCCGGUGAACAUCGACAUUCGCGAUACAGUGAAGUAUAAACAAGUAAUGAAGGAUUACGGUUUGGGACCUAAUGGAGCGAUUAUAACGAGUUUGAAUUUGAUGUGCACUAAAUUCGAUCAGGUCCUAGCCAUGAUUCGUCAGCGUGCAAGUCAGUAUAGUGUAUGUUUAAUCGACACUCCGGGUCAGAUUGAGGCGUUCACAUGGAGUGCGAGUGGUUCUAUCAUCACAGAUUCGUUAGCGAAUAGUCCGUCCUUAUGUGUCGACUCAGCACGUGCAACGAAUCCGACGACUUUCAUGUCAAAUAUGCUUUAUGCGUGCUCCAUUCUGUACCGGACAAAACUUCCUUUCAUUGUUGCGUUUAAUAAGGCGGAUAUAGUCUCACCUGCAUUCGCAAGGAGUUGGAUGCGGGAUUUCGAGCGUUUCGAUCAAGCUUUGGAGGAGAAUCGAAGUUCUUACAUGAACGAUCUCAGCCGCUCAUUGUCUCUGGUGUUGGAGGAAUUUUUAUUCAGGAGUGUAGAGGAGCAGUUGGCUGAGGAGCUGUAUUAUACGGCAUUUACAGUUUCGAUUUCUUCGGCAACUGGUGAGGGCAUGGACGAGUUUAUGAAAGCGGUUGGCGAAUGCGUGGAGCAAUAUAAGAAUGAAUACGUCCCGAUGUACAUCCGUGUUUUAGCGAGUAAAUCUAAGUUGGACAGAGCAGACGAGCAUAAGAAAGUUUCCGAGAAAAUGGAGGUGUUGAGCGUACACCCUACGUUAGACCCGCCAAUCAGAGAACGUAUUCAUCUUGGAGGUGUGGAGCAAGAAAAUGCUGAAGAUGCCAAUGCGUCGGUGCUUCUGGGCCGGGCAGGAGACGCCCCAACAGUUGUCGAAGCGGUACAGUUCCAUGGGAUUCGAAUCACCAAAAACGAUGCUUUAGUGAAAGAGGUUUCUGAACUGUAUAGAAGUUCGACGCUUGAUGAACUCGUUCAUAACUCUCAUCUUGCGGCAAAACAUUUCCAGGAAGUUGGAUUGAUGGAAAGUGCUGUUCCACUGAUUGACGUUGCACCAUCUAGUAAUGGUUAUAUUGUCAAUUUUGUAGUUAAGGAACCAAAGGGAGAUCACAGUUUCAACCUGUCCUUCGCGAAACCAUUCCUCGGUUGGCAAAAGUACUCAAAUGUCACAGCUAGUCUGUUCAGAGCGAUUUCAUAUUUGCCGUGGAAUCAUUCUAAUUGUGAGGAAAACGCCAUAAUUUUCGGUUACAAUGGAAGAAUCUCGAAGAAUAUUUUGCAUCAAAUCAAGUUCAACACGUUGUGGAGAACUCUACGGGCUACUGAUGAUGCAGCAUUUCUCGUUCGUGAGCAUGCCGGUCACACUACGAAAUUCUCAAUGGAAAAUGCCAUCGGGUUUGACACUCGGGAUCGUCCUAUUCUAGCAUCGAAGGGAAUACUAGGUUGGUUUUCAGGAGCUUCAACUGAAAUAUUUCGGAUAGAGAUUAAAUCUCUGUUGGUGUAG